AUGACCCCAAAUAUUAAAGCGUUGAUAAAAGCAAGACAGAGAGCAUUUACGAAAGGGGAGACACCGAAGUAUAAAAGUUUACAUGCAAAAGUUACCAAGCUGAUAUCCAACGCUAAAGCUACGUACUACAAAUCCAAGGCUGAAGGCAACCAUCAAUCCAAUCCCGCCAAAUGGUAUAAAACGAUUUACAAGCUAGCGGCAGCAACCGAAAAUCAACAAUCUCUGUCCUCGCCUGACCACGCUGACCUAAUGGAAAUCGCUGACAGACUACAAAGAAGUUUUACUAAGCCUUGGCUAGGAAUUCAACCAGAUCUUCCCAGACUUCAAGCGGUAGAGCAUUUGCUCAAGGACAGCCACCCACCUCUACCAUCCAUUGGCCAAGUCAAAACCGUCCUAAAACACCUAAAUCCUAGGAAAGCCACUGGGUCGGAUAAUAUCCCUGCAUGGUGUCUUAAACGGUACACAGAGUGGUCCACGAUAUUGUGGUUGCAAGCAUAGUUCAAUGCAAGUAUACCACCUCCUACAAGCAUGCAAUCAUUAGUCCCAUACCAAAGAUCCGUCCACCCACAGACCUAGAUAAUGACUUCCGCCAAGUUUCCGUGCUACCACAACUAGCAAAAGUUAUCGAGAAGCUACAUUUUUAGAUUUUUAAAUUUGCAGUCUCUGAAAUGCCAUUUCCUGGACCCUGCAGCCCCCCAGUUGCUACAUACGGCCCUGGGCUACACCCGGAAAUGCACCGAAUGGCAAAUAAGGAUUACCACUCGAAAGUCUUGCUCGAUAUUUUUUUACGUCCGUUUAUUCUUGCACGAUAUUUUUUUUAAGUUCGAAUUGCUUGCCCGAUAUUUUUUGGGGGAUUCUACCCACCCCCCCAUCAAAAAUCAAAUGGUCCGUCCCUAAAGAUAAUUAGUGUAGGCUAAUACAAGUACUGAUAAUAAUGUCGGGAGUGCGACUUCUGGCAAUGAGUUACAUGUAAUUAAUAUACUUAAUGUGAUUGGUGGCUGAAAAGCCCGUUUAAUUUAGCCUACGAAUGGGUAGUUUGAAAAAAUAUUUUCCCGACCCACCCGAUUCCCUUAUCAAAGAUCUGAUAUUUUAUACUUUGAUGAUUUGAUGUAUAUCCAUUAUUCAGCUGCAUGAUUCUUUGAAACUAUUCCUUGGAGAUUAGUUAAACAGUUAGGUUAAAACUUAAAAUUACUUAUUUCAAAUAUCUCAAAUCAAUUAUAUAUCGUAUUUCACCAGAAUGUUAUAUAAGAAACAAUACUUUAUUGCUAUAAUCACAUUGUUGAGCACGUGGUGUAUUCUACCGAUCUUUGGCCAGAACGAGCAAUGUAUACAAGGUAAAUAUCACAAGGAUAAACCAUCUCAAGAAACUAAAGAAUACAAGUUUUGUACGCCAUGGAAAAAUUUGACGUGUUGUACAACACUACUGGACAACGAGAUAGACCAGGACGAUGCUCCCAAACAAUAUAAUGAUACUUGGCAUUUGUGUGGCAAUCUUUCCCCAGAAUGUUUGAAAUAUUGGAAACGCCAG